AACAGUUAGUUUAUUUUUUUCUUAGAUCAUAUAGAAAAUGAGAUUGAUUUUCGCGUACCUUUUUGGAAUUUUUAUUGUUGUGGCUUCAAAAAAGUCCCACCAUGCUAUUCCAACUUAUUUCCACCGCAGAUACUCAAACGGCUCGCUUAUCGAUCGUCAGAACGAACGCGAGUUUCAAUCUGUGUGCAACAAAGAUUACAGACCGCGAUUGAGCGAAGAUGUCUCCAUUCGCGUCGUACCGUCCAAAAGCCUUGCAAACAAAGAAGAAGUAACUGUUUCGUGGCAAAUAGACUCACCUCCAUCAAAACAAGACUGGAUUGGUUUGUUUUGUCCAAAAACUGGCCAACCUAAUGAGGUUUUAGAUUAUUUUCACAUCACUGUCUCUUCAACAUGGAAAGAGGGUUAUGGAGAGUUUAAAGUCUUUCUGUAUAACCUCCGAACAGAGUGUGAAUUUCGAUAUUACCAUUUUGAUGAUAGCGCUUUAUUAGCGGUGAGCGAAACAAUAACUUUCAAACAUGGUGCAAAUGAGCCUUUACAGGGUCAUGUAUCAAUGACACGAAAUCCUGGAGAGAUGAGAGUAAUGUGGGUAUCAGGAACAGAAGACACACCUGUAGUUUAUUAUGGGUUGUUUGAACACGCAAUGAUUUUAAAAUCACACGGAACAACGAGAACGUACAAUGCGUCACAGAUGUGUGCUUUUCCCGCUUCUUCAGUGGGAUUUCGUGAUCCUGGCUACAUACAUGACGUUUUGUUGCAACCACUUCUAGUGAACACGAGGUACUAUUAUCAAUUUGGCGAUGGGAAGACAAUGAGUGAUGUUUACAACUUUACUACACCGCUUCCAGCUGGCGAUCCUACUCCACACAUGGUAAUUACAUAUGGAGAUCAGGGUGUAGUUGACUCACCCGGUUCACAUGGUACUGCCGCUCGAAUUAUCGAAGAAUAUCGCGAUAACAACAUUCGAAAAGUCUUACAUAAUGGAGAUAUAUCGUACGCCAUGGGAUAUGCUUAUAUCUGGGAACAAUGGUUUUCUCUAGUCCAGCCUUACGCAACUUUGGUGCCAUAUAUGGUUACCAUUGGUAACCAUGAACAAGAUCAUUUGACAGGUGGUGAAAAAGAUCCAAGUGGAGCUGGAAAUGGGUUUCAUCCAAUUUGGGGAAAUUUUGGUGCUGAUUCUGGUGGCGAAUGUGGUGUUCCAAUGUAUUAUCGCUUUCAUAUGGCGGAUAAUGGACAUUCCAUUUGGUGGUAUAGUUAUGAUUUCGGACUUGUUCACUACGUUGUAAUGAGUACAGAACAUGACUACAGUCCAGGUACAGCACAACACGCAUGGUUGGAGAAUGAUUUGAAAGCUGUUAAUAGAAAGGUUACCCCUUGGGUAGUUAUUACUGGUCAUCGACCUAUGUACACUAGUCAAGAACAACUUGACGAAGAAGAAGUAGCCAUCAACAUGCAAAAGCUCUUUGAAGAUCUGCUGCAUACAUACCAAGUUGAUCUUGCGUUGUGGUCACACGUUCACUCCUACCAGCGCACAUGCAAACUAUACAGGAACAAAUGUACGGCAGACGGAACUGUUCACAUUGUUGUUGGUACUGCGGGACGGCCAAUUGAUUUGGAAUUUUUCGAGGAUAAGCCAUGGCUACGUUUUAGCUCGGAAGAAUUCGGUUAUGGAAGGUUGUGGAUUGCAAAUGCUACAUCGAUGAAAUAUGAAUUUGUGACAAACAAGGACAGAAAGGUUAUUGACACGUAUUGGUUUGAGAAGUAAAGAGAAUAUUUUGCUACAUACAGCAUUAAAAAUGUAAACUCUUCACUUUUUAUAUUUGUACUAUUUUUUGCACAAAUUUAAUUUUAUGAUUUUAAUUUAAUUCUAUUGUGCGUAUUUAUUUUAACAUUUUUUGACAUUUUUGUGAAACUAAAUUUUUGCGGAGCUUAUUUUCGCGAUUUUGCACCCUAAAUUAAGAUCCGAUAAAAUAGAGGUGGCGCAAAUGCCUAAGGUCGGCACCCUGUUGCGCGAAAGCUAGUUAACUCGAAUUUUUAUUUGAAUUCUUUUCCUUAACCUUUUAAACCUUUGCUAAUAGUCCCAUGUAAAAAUUAACAAUUAAAUCGAGCCUCAAGUAACAUGGGACAUUUUUUAGCUGGACCUAUUCUACAGAAGAUAAGAUACGAAGGAAAAUUAUAAAUGUGAAAUUAUUUUUUAUGGCUUUCAGCACAAGUCUCAGCACGAGUUAAAAGAAAAAACUGGACAAAAAACCUAGUUAAAUGUAUAUAGCUAUGUUUCGAUACGUUGAUAGAGUAACUAACACGUAUUUUUUUAGAAAUGUAAUUCGAAAUAUGUUUUCUAAGCAGAGGAUAAAAUAAUAAGCAUUUGUACUAUUGAUAAAUGAUUUAAAAUUCUGUUUAUAGUAAAUAAUUAUACCCUUUUUAUUCGUUCUA